GUAGUUGACGUCGGCUGUGGUUUUUAGUUUCAAAUUAGUGUUAUGCGAUAUGCGUUAGUUCUAGUUCUAGUAACAAUCUGUUGUGGACAACCUGGUGUAGAAACAGCUGAUCCUUAAAUUAGAUCACGUUGAUACGUACACGGUCGUGCAUGAACCCCGACAAUAUUUAUGUAGUAAUUAGAAGUAUUGCAAAUUUUGUAAUUAUUUCAUCGUAUUUCUCUUUUUUAAUAAGAUGAUCACGGACGCUGGAGACAUCAUGAAGAUAGAAGUUGGGGAAGUUGAAUUCCAGGCAGUAGAGGCAGACACCAAGCUAUUUGAACUUGAUAACGCCUCGUGGAAAUUGAAUUUUAAAUAUGAUAAUGAAAACUCAAAAAAUUCUGUUUUGGAUAGGAUAAAAAGUGAGGCAGAAGAAGAAUUGAAAGUUGAAAAUUGUCCUGAUGACAGCGAGAAAUAUCCAGUUAUGGAAAUUACAGAGGAAUGUAUCAUCAAAGAUGAGUGUGAUAAUGAUGACGCAUUCUUAGGUACAAAUGCAGGAUCUGUUCCUGUUAGGGCUUCGAAUCAGGUCGCAAUGAAACAACAGCCUGUAGUUGACAAAAAAUCAAACCUUGGAUCAUUUUUUGGUCACAAUGGUGAUUAUUCUGCUAGAUCUAAGUAUCUUCUGAUUAGAAAUAUGAAAGGACAUAGAAAUCAGAAUAGUAAAAAUAUGCACGGUUCUAGCUAUGAUCGUUACACUUGCAAACAUUGUCAUGCGAAAUUCAUAACUAAAACAAAGCUAGAUGUACACGUGAUUAGAAAACAUCCAGAUUUUGUUGCAUCUGUUUCUAGUAAAAUACUUGAAGGUAAUUUUGCUAGUCAUAUGCUAAAACAUUCAGAGAUAGAAAAUAACUAUAAAUUCAGCUUAUGUAUUCACUGUAAGGCAAAAUUCAAAAGUAAAACGGCACUGAAUGAUCAUUUAAUCAAGAAACAUCCUGACUUUAUUGCAUCCGUUUCUAGUAAAAUACAUGAAUGUACACGUUGUGCUUAUAAAACAACCUUCACGACUAAUUUUGCUAGUCAUAUGCUAAAACAUUCAGAGACAGAAAAUAACUAUAAAUUUAGUAUAUGUAUUCACUGUUCGGCAAAAUUCAGAGGUAAAAUGGAACUGGAUAAUCAUAUAAUCAAAAAACAUCCUGACUUCAUUGCAUCCAUUUCUAGUAAAAUACAUGAAUGUACACAGUGUACUUAUAAAACAACCCUCAAGAGUCAUUUUGUUAGUCAUAUGCUAAAACAUCCAGAGGCAGAAAAUAAUAAAUUCAGCAUAUGUAUUCAAUGUAAGGCAAAAUUCAGAUCUAAAACGGAACUGAAUAAUCAUAUAAUCAAAAAACAUCCUGACUUAAUUGCAUCCAUUUCUAGUAAAAUAUAUGAAUGUACACAUUGUGCUUAUAAAACAACCCUCAAGAGUCAUUUUGUUAGUCAUAUGCUAAAACAUCCAGAGGCAGGAAAUAAUGAAUCCAGCAUGUGUUUCCACUGUCAGGCAAAAUUCAGAAGUAAAAGGGAACUGGAUAAUCAUAUAAUCAAAAAACAUCCUGACUUUAUUGCAUCCGUUUCUAGUAAAAUACAUGAAUGUACACAUUGUGAAUAUAAAACAACCAUCAAGACUAGUUUUGUUAGUCAUAUGCUAAAACAUCCUGAGGCAGGAAAUAAUGCAUCCAGCAUGUGUAUUCACUGUCAGGCAAAAUUCAGAAGUAAAAGGGAACUGGAUAAUCAUAUAAUCAAGAAACAUCCUGACCUUAUUGCAUCCGUUUCUAGUAAAAUACAUGAAUGUACACAUUGUGCUUAUAAAACAACCCUCAAGAGUCAUUUAGUUAGUCAUAUGCUAAAACAUCCAGAGACAGGAACUAUUGAAUUCAGCAUGUGUAUUCACUGUCAGGCAAAAUUCAGAAAUACUAUGGAUCUGGAUAAUCAUAUAAUCAAAAAACAUCCUGACUUUAUUGCAUCCGUUUCUAGUAAAAUACAUGAAUGUACACAUUGUGAAUAUAAAACAACCAUCAAGACUAGUUUUGUUAGUCAUAUGCUAAAACAUCCUGAGGCAGGAAAUAAUGAAUCCAGCAUGUGUAUUCACUGUCAGGCAAAAUUCAGAAGUAAAAGGGAACUGGAUAAUCAUAUAAUCAAGAAACAUCCUGACCUUAUUGCAUCCGUUUCUAGUAAAAUACUUGAAGGUAAUUUUGCUAGUCAUAUGCUAAAACAUUCAGAGAUAGAAAAUAACUAUAAAUUCAGCAUAUGUAUUCAUUGUAAGGAAAAAUUCAGAUCUAAAAUGGAUCUGAGUAAUCAUGUAAUCAAAAAACAUCCUGACUUUAUUGCAUCCGUUUCUAGUAAAAUACAUGAAUGUACACAUUGUGAAUAUAAAACAACCAUCAAGACUUAUUUUGUUAGUCAUAUGCUAAAACAUCCAGAGGCAGGAAAUAAUGAAUUCAGCAUGUGUAUUCACUGUCAGGCAAAAUUCAGAAGUAAAAUGGAACUGAAUAAUCAUAUAAUCAAAAAACAUCCUGAGUUUAUUGCAUCAAUUUCUAGUAAAAUGCAUGAAUGUACACAUUGUACUUAUAAAACAACCCUCAAGAGUCAUUUUGUUAGUCAUAUGAUGAAACAUCCAGAGGCAGGAAAUAACUAUAAAUUCAGCAUAUGUAUUCACUGUAAGGCAAAAUUCAGAGGUAAAACAGAAAUGAAUAAUCAUAUAAUCAAAAAACAUCCAGACUUUAUUGCAUCCAUUUCUGCUAAAAUACAUGAAUGUACGCAUUGUGAAUAUAAAACAACCAUCAAGACUUGUUUUGUUAGUCAUAUGCUAAAACAUCCAGAGGCAGGAAAUAAUGAAUUCAGCAUGUGUACUCACUGUCAGGAAAAAUUCAGAAGUAAAAUGGAACUGGAUAAUCAUAUAAUCAAAAAACAUCCUGACUUUAUUGCAUCCAUUUCUAGUAAAAUGCAUGAAUGUACACAUUGUACUUAUAAAACAACCCUCAAGAGUCAUUUUGUUAGUCAUAUGAUGAAACAUCCAGAGGCAGGAAAUAACUAUAAAUUCAGCAUAUGUAUUCACUGUAAGGCAAAAUUCAGAGGUAAAACAGAAAUGAAUAAUCAUAUAAUAAAAAAACAUCCUGACUUUAUUGCAUCUGUUUCCGGUGAAAUAUAUGAAUGUGCACAUUGUGCUUAUAAAACACCCUUUAGAAAUAAGUUUGGUAGGCAUAUGUUGAUACACUCAGCUCGGUAGAGUAACUAUAAAUUCAGCAUAUACUAAUGUAAAAUUCCAAAAUGGAGUGAUAAUAACGAAACAUAUGCAUCCGUUUCUAGCUCAUAAAACAACCGUCAAGAAUCAAUUUGUUAGUUAUAAUUUGUUAGAAAAUCAGAAACAGGAAAUAAUAUAAAUUCAGCAUGUGUAUUCACUGUAAGGCAAAAUUCAGAAAUCAAACUGCACUGAAUAAUCAUAUAAUCAAAAACAUCCUGACUCUGUUUUCAGUAAAAUAUAUGAUGAAGCGUCAUAUGCUAAAUCAUCCUGAGACAGGAAGUAAUUAUAAAUUCAGCAUAUUGCUGUCUUAGAGUUAUAAGGUUCUACGUGACAAUUUGGUACUUUUGUAAAUAAACGCUCUCAAAGUGCUAUGACAACCAGGCUUCGUAUUGUUCGGGUGCCAGGGUUCUAUGUUUCUUUACUAUGAAAAUAUAGGACGUUAUUUCAUAAAACUAUCCAGCAAUAUUAUAACUUAUAAGUUACAAAGUCCCAUGUUCUCCAUAGAACUUAAUGAUCUUAUGAUCUUAAUAUUUUCUCCUUUAAUAUUGCGCCAAAGUUGUAUGUGCAACAUAGACCUUUGUUGCAUUAUUCAAUGCUUAUUUUUGUGAAGGUCUUACUCUACAUAAAACUUUGCUCCUUUUGUUUAUGUUCUAAGAACGUGGCAGUGCGGGAUGUCUUUAUUUUAAAUAAUAUAUUUAACUUGGGUAAAAGUGACGAAUAUAGAGUCUGAUGAUGAAGAUCCUUUUGGUUAUCAUGGAAGAAAAUGUACAGAUAUAACAAGUGCUCUUUGUAAAAUUUUGUCGAAUUUAAUGAGGGAUCAUUCGAACAUAAAGCAUUUAACCGUAUGGAUGGACAGAUGUGUCCCUCAAAACAGGAAUUCUAUAAUUUCGUUUGCUAUCAGACAGUUUCUUUGCAAAAGGGUAGCCGAAAUAUAUAUAUAUAUAUAAAAUUCAUACCUAUAUUAUUAUAUGUCAUGAAUUGGUAUUAUUUUUGAUAUUACAUUUUUCGUGAUAUUUAAAAGUGCAAUAAAUUUUAGUUUAAUCAAAGUACUAUGUUUUUGGUAAAUUAACGCGUUGAGGAGCAACUUAUCAAAACGUAUCAUGUUCAUUGGAGGACAAAAGUUGGUUUGUUUCGGUUUUGGAACUAUUUUCAUCUCUUCUAUAAGUACUUAAACCCGAAUAAAUCAAAUAGCAUUACUUCUGUCUAAUUUGAGUACAAAAUAUGGGGUUUGCAUCGAAACACAUUAUGUCCGCAAGAGUUGUCACGUCAAAUCGCAUUAUGGUAUGCGGUCACCAGCAGGCAGCACAUUCACAUAUCAAAUCCAUCAUUAGUCGUUCGAGUUGGCCAACAUUAGAGUUCUGGGCGAAGACUGGUCGAUUAAAACCUUCAAGGACUUAACAAGCAAUUGAGGGCAUAAGCGAUAUGAAACGAAUUAUUUUACAAAAAAUAAAAAAACAAUGACUCUUUUGAUGCGGAAAUCAAACUCGAACCGACGUAUGAUUUUUACGACCAGUCAAAAGCAUUCAUUUCAAUAGUAAAGCGUGGUCGAAACCUUAAAACCGUACAAGAGCCAUGUGACGUUACACUUGUGAAUUCAAUCGCGAAAUAGUAAAAGAAUGAUGUUACAAAACUGCUCCAAGUAAGAUUUUGGGUCGAUUGGGAAGAUAACAUUCCGUUAUCAUCCUUAGCUUCCUUCAGUCAUGCCUUAAAUAUUGCGCCACAAAAUCCAGUUGGACACCGAAGCGAUGACAAGAUCUAUGAUCUAUGAUAGUUAUGAUUUCAAUGAAAAUGAUUAUUAGAAGCAUAGACCAAUUUAUAUGAAAACACCUUGCUAUGCAGGCUUAAAAUGAGCGAGAACAAAAAAUACAGCAGGUAUUUCGAUUAUUGAUUAUUCAUAAACUUACUAUAAAACUCGUUUUUCUCGAAAAGCUUAUAUUAGAACCUUAUAACUAAGCCAGUAAUAUGUGGUCACUGUUAGGCAACAUUCAGAGGUAAAAUGCAAUCGAAUAAUCAUAAAAUCAAGGAACACCCUGAAUGUAUUGCAUCCAUUUCUAGUAAAAUACAUGAAUGAGCAUAUUGUGCUUAUAAAACGGCAAUCAAGAGUAAUUUUGUCAUAUGUGGAAAUAUACAGAUUGGGUGUAAUGUGAUAUUCAAAAGGAAAUGGACACUGAAUACUCAUAUAGUCGGGAAAUAUCCUGAGUUUAUUUCAUCCGUUUCUACAAAUGUACAUAUAAAACAAAGUUGCUCUUGCUAAAUAUUAUGUGAAUAUAAUAAAUACAUGGAUUUUGCAAACAAAAUCGAUUGAACAAUCAUUGCAGAUAUUAUGUUCUAUCCAGGCACCGAGGUAACGCGAACGGGAAAUGUGUGCGUUUUAUACAGGCUGUCCGCAAAGUUGGGAUUUUACACAGCAUAUAGAUAAUGACAAAUAAACUGUUUUUCCUAAUAGCAUAUACACCAGUCUAAAGAUAACCUACAACAUCUCGAAAAUGAAAGGUGAGAAGGCAUCUUUAGGAUUGUCAUUUAGGUUUUUCGGGCUGUUGAGCCGUGGUCGGGUUGGAUUUGAUCCAGAGCUUUCGGCUACGUCUACGGUAGCCAUCUUCAGUGGCGCUGUCGGCAAGAGCGAAGUGCUCGGCUUGGCGGGUCGACUGAAACUGAUCGGUCAACUGGAUGGGCGUGGGGUUUUAUAGGCGAUCGGCAGACUGAGGAUUGAGCUGUGUGGUGGGGGUACUCUGGGUCCCUUGAGUGACGUGUUUUUGCGCUGUUUUUUAGAAUUGGUAACGUUUUGUUAAAAGCAAGGCCUUCUUCUUUUCUACUGAAAUUAUCAUUCUGUUUCUAGAUUUCAAUUAUUGCGUCUCUGUACAAUUGGGCUGAGUAGUGGGUGGAUGUUGAUAGGACUGCAGUUUGGUCGAACAGAACAUUGUGGCCGUCUUGGAGUGCGUGUCCGGCCACCGCUGAUUUAUCAGUUUGUCCCAGUCGACAGUUUCUUUCAUGCUCCUUGAUGCGUGUUUGAAAGCCGAGCACUUCGCUCUCGCCGACAGCGCCACUGAAGAUGGACCGCAGAUGUAGCCUAAAACUCUGUAUCAAAUCCAACCCGACACGGCUCAACACCCCGAAAAACCUAAAUGACAUUACAAUUAGCCGUGAAAGCCUUCAUUUUUCAAUUUCAUCUUUGGGAUUGUUAGCAAUUUUAUUGAGGGUUCCAAUGAUUUGUAUGCCUGGAAUACCGUCCAAAGCUUCUAUUUGUAGACUAGCCUUAUGUAGAUAUCUAAUGGAUUUGUAUUUGUUUUUGACUGACGUAAUGCGUAUGAGUGAAUAUCGUUAGAAAGAGAUAGAAGCAUCACGUUGCUUAGUAACACGAGUGACGAGGCGGCUUGCCGUGUUCCCAUCGGCGCACUCUUUCUAAUAUACGCAUUGGACGAUUCUCUAUCGUACACGUCAGAGGUAUCGAGUUUUCAGUAUAUGGAUUUCACUGUAUAUUAUCAUUCGAAGUUAAAUAAAAUAUUAGUGAUACUGUG